AUGGGCGUCGCUUGGGUUUUCGAGUGUGAGCACGCGCAGACGACGGCCGAGCUGAUCAUCACCGGCGGGGGCGCUGGCCUAUUGGGGCCCUUCCGGGUCGACAGCUCUUCGUAUAGACCCAGCGAUGCGCAUGCCCAGCACAUUGGCCAAUUGGCCGUGCUCCACCACAGCUACUACCCGGAAAGCACGUUCUCCAUUAUGAUUGGCACGUUCCCGCCCAAGCAAACGCCGAGGUCCACGUGCGAUCGCGGAUUUGAUAUGAUCCUCUCCAAGCUUUCGGGCGGACUUCAGAUGGACAACAGCGGCAAGUUUGAAGUCAACGGCAACGAGUACAAGCUCAAGGACUUUCGCGUCCGCAUCGGCACCGCGACGCAGAACGGCUCCGUCAAGGGGGUUAUCGUUGAGGUGGAAUACACGCCGACGUGGAUGCCGCGCCAGGGUCUUUCCAUGCUGGCGGAAUUUCUGCAAAUGUUCUUCGCCGAGACGCUGAAGCACACCCCGGAAUUCUUCCGGGAGCAGCGCACGCCUCACCCGGAGCCAUAUCUACCCAUCGACACCCUACACCAAUACCAGAACAUUUUCAUGACGAUGCGGCUGCGCGCG